UUAGACCCACUAUGGUUCAGAGUGUAAUAUGUGGUGCUGGAUGGUAGCAAAUUUAAAGUUUUGUAGAAGAGAAUUCAAUGAAAUUCAGGAUCAAAGUAGGGUUAGAUAACAGCCAAUUAACAUGGCCUUUUUAGCACCACAGCUCACCAUCUACUCUAGAUGAUUGUUAUUUUUAUAUAGAUCCUGUUCUUCUAGGAAUCUUAAAUAGAUCGAUUUUAUUGGAAAGGUGGCAAAGCAUUAUUCUAACAUUGAUUGACCGGAUAAACGAAGUCCCUCUCAUAUCUCAAUUCUCCAGCGCCGCCUUUUUGGCUUCUUGCACUUUUAAUACGAGCUUUCGGGUUCACCAUAUCUCAAAUAAUUGGAAUCCUGUAAUAAUAAAACCUCUUUAAGAUAUAUUUUGGAUAGUAAAACCUCUACAAGAAAUAUUUUGGAUAAUCUAUUCUCACAUUCAAUCUUGACCUAACCAGAAAGCUUUCAGGUUUCCCAAAAAUGAUCGUAGAAUUCGGCUUCUUCUUCAAGACUUCAAACCACUGGACACAAUUCUACCAGUCUUGAUGCAAAAUGUUGGUACGAACACACCUGAGUGGUGAUCUCUCUCUUUAAAAUAACAUUUUUAUCUGUAAGAUGAGAUAGACGUGAGGUCUUUGUCAGAAGGACCCCUCUCUCUCAAUAAAAUUUUCUGCAAGAUGAGAUAGAUAGGUGUGAGGUCUUUGUCUUAUGGAACCCAUUCAUAUCCAUCCAAAUCUAUUAAGGAGAAGAAUUAGGAGCGGGUGGGUGGGUUAGACGGGAUGGGAUGCUUGGGUAGAUUUCUGGCCACUGCACUGAUUCUAGAAUCUGAAGUCAGAAGCUGAAGCUGUGAUUUAGAGCUCAACCAAACAUGUUGACAUCGUUCUUCAUGAGGUAAAUUUUUGUUCCCAGCUACAGGUGGAUUACGAUUUCAAUACAUUGUUUAAAGACUCGAUUCAAAAUCCAAAUUUUACCAAACAAAAGCUGAAUUACAAAGCUACAGAAGUGGAGAUGCUUAAAUUUCCCUGCCCUCUAUCUUUCAAUUCGUCAAGAUUGUUUGUUACCCAAGUAGUACAAGGUUAGCGAAUCCAACAGACAAUACAGUAAGUGGAGUUAUUCAGCUCUGAAACUGCAAGCCUUGGUUGCAAGUUUAGAUGAAUUAUUAAUGGUUUAGGAUUUCUGGGUUAUUACUAAUUAUUAAAACCUGAAGUGGCAACCGAGUGCAAGUGAAGUUGUGAUUACAGCGAGUAGGAGCCACUGCCCAGGCAGCGAAGAGGAAGUUUGACCAAAAAAAAUAAACAAACCAAGCAGGGAGAAAGAAGCACUGGUGACUGGUCGGCCAGGCCAGGCCAGGGCAGAGGAACAAGCAAGAGGUCCUGCGAGUAGGAGAUCCACGAAAUCAAGGAAGACGAUUAGUGUAUAUACAGUGUAGUAUGGGGAUCAAGAAAGACAAGAGGAGUGCUUCUGCAACAUCGCCCUGUGCCCAUCUCAGAUCUGCAUACCACCAAUGCUUCAACAGGUGGUACUCGGAGAAGCUCUUGAAGGGCCAGUGGGACAAAGAGGAAUGCGUUUCCGAGUGGCAAAAAUACAGAGUCUGCCUCUCUCAACAUUUAGAAGAUGGACAUCUGGGCCGCUUCCUCAAAGCCGAAGCUAUGCUCUAUCCUCCUGUCGACCCAGAUGAUACCACCACUUCCUAGUAAUAUUAUAAAUCAUUAUAGGCCUUCAUCAGAUCUUUUCUACUCACUUCUUUUUGUUAAUAUAGUUUUGGGAUCCUCAGCUUUAGCUUGGAAGAAUCAGUGAUGGAGGAAUCAUAUGUAUUGAGUUCAUGUCUCAGUAUGCUUUAAAGGAAUGACUUGUCUCAGAAUAUCA